GAUGAUCACGAUCUCAUUGUUCCGUCUUUACGGCCAGGACCCAGCGCAGCUCCAGUGAAUAAUGGCACGAACAAACGAAGAAUGGGCAGUAUUAGUAUCCGCCAAAAUAUCAGAGGUUCAGAGAGCAGGGAAGCCCAACGUGAACUCGCUACAUUUUACUUCCCCCAACUCCGAUUUUGCUCGCACAAUCGACCACACCCUUCUCAGGCCUGACGCGACUCCCGCCCAAAUCGAUAAAUUGUGUGACGAAGCUGUCAAGUUCAAGUUCAAGUCCUGUUGCGUGAAUGGUGCAAAUAUCCCUCAGGUUACUUCUCGUCUUAUUGGAACAUCUACGAUACCUUGUGCUGUGAUUGGGUUUCCCCUCGGUGCAUCGAAAACGGAAGUUAAGGCAUUUGAAGCUUCUCAGGCCAUAUCAGACGGUGCAAAAGAGAUCGACAUGGCCCUCAAUGUCGGCGCCCUUAAAGCAGGAGACUAUUCUCUCGUAUUCGCUGACGUCCGUGCCGUCGUUCUGGCUUGUGGGACUACUCCGCUCAAAGUCAUUCUCGAAACCGUUUUCCUGACCGACGAGGAGAUCAUCGCAGCUUCUUUCAUGGUUGCUGAUGCGGGAGCGGCAUUCGUGAAGACUUGCACGGGCUUUCUGGGUGGCGGAGCAACUGCAAGGCACGUAUCACUUAUGCGCACGGCAGUAGCUUUCAUGCCAGGCGUGCAAGUCAAGGCAUCGGCUGGAAUCCGAAAUUUUGACAAGUGUUUGGAAAUGCUUGAGGCUGGGGCCGAUAGGAUUGGGACCUCUUCUGGAGUCGCUAUCAUGGGGGAAGGUACGAGUGAAACGGGGACGUAUUAAGAUGAAGUGUAAUUACACACUCGUUCUCUGGAGAACCAAGAUUUGUUUUGUUGCAGAAAUCAGUCGAGGCUCUUUGUUUG